ACAGUAUAGGGUAUGUGGAUAGUUGGCCUAUCAAAAAUAUAGCUAGUAACUUGACAAACUAUGUUUAUUAGUAUCAUGCUAAUUACAGUAGCAGAUUUAUUAUUUGUACAAACCAAUAAGACAUGGUCAGUUUUCCUUCUAAAGGAUUGUCCUAACUUAGCCAGUGUAACAGUCUGUGUCUUAGUACAUUGUGCAUAUACAGUAACAUACAUACAAUAUGAUUGAUAUGUGCAUAUUACUUGAUGUGUUUUCUAUCAGUCUUGUGGCUAGGUCCAAUCAAACUUUUCUCUCUGUCUUCAGCAUAUCAGAGUGGUCACCAAACCUGCACCAACCCAUCACCCCGUCUUAAUUGGUUAAGAUGUAUUUGUUAAUAGAAUUUAUUAAAAGCAAGGAUGUAAAUAUUGUGCCAGCGGAGUGGUAUUCAGAUGGUGAGACCUUUUGGCCUAGUUACACUAAAGAUGAACGUGUAAAUGCUGCAAUAAGUAACCGGGAGAGCCCUGGAGAAGACUGGAAGAAAUUCGAUGUGAGAGUCUAUGCAAAAGCUGAUCUAGAGUCCGAAGCUGAGAUGGAUAGAGGAAGGGGGAAGCGCAAAAAGAAGCAAAGACGGUAUGGAGAAUUUGACUGGGAGAGUGAUUAUGAAGCUACCCCAGAAAAGACACAGGGACCUCGCCCUCAGCAUCGACCUCGGCUAGGGUCAAUACCUGUUGCUCCUCCAGUGCCAGGUCCAAUGUCAUCCUUCCUGCCACCUUCUCCUCAACCUCUAAGCUCAAUUUCCAUCUCUUUUCCUGCACCUUCUCCUCAACCUCUAAGCUCCAGUCCCAUCUCUCCCUUGAGAGCACCAUCUCCUCGACCUCCAAGUUCUCGACAGACUUAUUUUAAACCAAUCUACAGAGUGGGGAAGUCCGGAAGAGAUCAAAUCCCUUGCACUGUUGCUGAACUACACAUAUUAACACUGCUGGAACAAAUAAAGCAUCAGCAGUCACAACUUACUGCAGUAGUCAACAGCCUAGCUGGGAGGAUGGAGAACAGUGUGUCCCAACCAGAGAUGCCAGAGACCUUACAUUUCCCACUGAGCAGUCUUGGAGAGGUGACUGAACUUGAACAUUGGCUUCAAGAUGAAACAAAUGCCAGGCUCAAACAGAACAUGAUUUCUGCUCUAGCAGCUAUUGGUGGACAUGAUGCAAAAAGAGUAACGUGGAACAUUCUGGCACACAUUUUUUCUAACUCUGUUGCUAAGAAGAUUAACUGGAAAGGGGUGAACGGAAAAAUAUCUUUUAGCCAGAUGACAACAAAGGCUGUGCUCCUACGUGCUGUACGUAAGUGUCAUGUCUCACAAACGGCAUCUGAUGACGACAUUUCAAGGCACGCCAUCAGAUGGUUCACUCUGGCCUCUGACCGUGGAGGUGGUCGUAAAGAACGUGCCAUGGCUGCAAGACCAGAACACUAAUGAGGACUAUUUGUCAUUUUUGUGUCAUCUGUGAAAAGUGUGUAAUUUAUUUGAUCAAUUUUUAUCAAUGUCUAACUUAUUAAUGUUGACUGCCACUAUUUAGAUUUUAAUUGUACUUUACUUCUUGGGUUAAACACUGUACAAAUUGAUUCACACUUGAAUUUAAAAUAUAUAAUGUUUCA